CGCCUUCUGUCAAGCGUUAGUGUAUUUAUUCUUAAAAAAACAAUGAGCGCACGAAAGAAAACAUGGAUAACCAGCGCUUUCAGCGAGUUUAACUUGACGCCGACCAGCGCCGGUUCGGAAGGCGCACCAGCCAAACGCACGCGAAGCGCACCAAGCGCGGCAAUCAAAACUCAGAGUAAACAAAAUCAAAAUUCAACGCCUACGCUGCCCACCGCCUCAGUGGAUCUGACGGCAGAUAAAGAUGAAGAUAAAGAAGGAUCAGAGGGCAGCAGCCAACCGCCACCAACGCUUAGGGCCAACUGGAUGGAUAGUUUCUCCCCCACCAGCAGCGAGGAGCUGGCGGUGCAUCCGAAGAAGAUUGGCGAGCUGCGGGAUUGGCUGCGCCACUGCGAGGCUGUGCGUAGAAAGGCGCCCGCACAGAUCUGCCUGCUAACUGGACCAACAGGCGCUGGAAAAACGGCCACACUGCGUGUGCUCGCCAAGGAAUUUGGAUAUCAGCUGCAGGAGUGGAUAAAUCCAGUGGACUGUGAGGUUGUCAAUGCGCUGGGCGAUCAACGCUAUGGCGAGUCGUAUGUGGGUUCCCACCUCGAGGCUUUUAGAAGUUUUCUGCUGCGUGCCUCGCGUUACAAAUCGCUGCUGGAUGCGCAGAACAAGCGACUGCUGCUGGUAGAGGACUUUCCCAACAUUCUGCUCAGCGAUUCCGAGGCUAACUUUGAUGAAUUGCUGGAGCAAUACUCAGAGUCUGGAAAGUCCCCAUUGGUGUUCAUCGUAGCCGAUGCCAAGUCGCGUGGCCUCAACAUCAGCUAUAAGCUAUUCCCGGAGCAAGUGAAGGCCAAACAUCGCAUCGAACACAUAAGCUUCAACUCCAUAGCAGCUACGAUAAUGCAGAAGUCUAUGAAGACAUUCUGUGCCUUUAUGCAGCAGAAGGAGAACAAGGCGCUGUAUAAAGUUCCUCCGUCCGCAGUUGUCGAUUCGAUUGUGGUCGGUGCGCAGGGCGACAUACGCAACGCGCUGAUAAAUCUACAUCUCAGCUCCAUGAAAGGAGUGCCCAACAUGCCCACCAAAGAACUGAACGUGAGCGUCAUCAGCAAGGGACGCAAACGCAAGACGCAGUCAACACUGAAGUCGAUUGGACGUGAUGAGUCCAUUACCGUGAUGCACGCACUUGGUCGUGUUAUGAAUCCAAAGUUCACCGAGGACAAGCGCUUGCAGCACAGCCCCGAGGUCUUAACCGAAGCCUUUCGGACGGAGCCGCGAAACUUUGUCAAUUUUAUACACGCCAAUUAUCUGCCGCAUUUCCGAGACAUUGAGGAUGUUGUGCCCGCCAUUCAUGAUCUCGGUCUGGCAGAUUGCAUGCUCAACGAGUAUCGUGAGGAUGCGUUAUCCCUCAUGGGUCUCAAUGUCGCUAUACGCGGCAGCAUGCUGGCCAACAGCGCGCCCGUCAGCGGUUGGAUGCCCAUACGCGGUCCAAAGCGCAUCAAUUGGCAGCCGCUGGCCACACUGGCGGAGCAGAAGCUUUUGGGCACGCGAUAUGCAGGCACCUCAAAAGGUAUUUACGCCACCGAAUACAAAUCCUUUGUGAAGUGCAUAGCCGCCAAAAGACCUGAAGAGAUGCCAACAGAAAUUGAACUUUCCAUAGAGGAUUAGCUUAGAACAGUUUUUAGAUAUUUAAGUGCCAGUGAACGUUGAUUAAAUUAUGAAAA